CCGAGAUCGAGCAAAAUGGCAGAUUAUCAGCCCGUUUCUGAUGGCCAAAAGGUACAAAUAGUAUCGAAUUUCUUGAAGCACAGUCCUCCUGGAGAGUUUAAUGAAGUGUUCAAUGACUGUCGUAUUUUAUUGGAUAAUGACUACCUACUUAAAACACAAACAUCAAGUGCCUUUUCCUCCUACAACAAGGAUCAAUUCACACCUGUGAAAGUGUCGGCAGAUCAUCAGACUUUGAUCACAGAGUUCGCUGAAUUGCCAGAUGGACAAUUUUUUGAUCCAAAAUCAAAGCAGAAAUUUGUAUACGACCAUUUACGAAAAGAGGGCAGUGAUUUUGGAUCGACGGAAACAGAUUCAACGUCAGAACCAUGGCGAGCGGCAGCAGAGAAGCUUUUUGAGGCUUAUGGUAAAGAACACUACCCCAACGGAAUAACUGCGGUGUAUGGAACCAGUUCACAAGACCAAAUCACCUUAGAUUUGUGUUUAGAGGACCAUGUGUUUUCUCCUCACAAUUUCUGGAAUGGGCGCUGGCGCACACAUUGGUCGAUUACAUUUCCAGCAGGUGGUGGCUGUACUGCUGAAGUCAAAGGUGUUUUUAAAGUUCAUGUGCAUUACUAUGAAGAUGGUAAUGUCCAGACAGUUUGCUUAAAAGACAUAAAGGAAUCUGUGAAAAUAACGGACGAAGAGAGAACAGCUAAGGAACUAAUGCGAGUGGUUGAAAGUAGUGAGAACGAAUUCCAGUUUGGUAUAAAUGAGGCUAAUCGUACAAUGUCUGACACGACGUUCAAAGCUCUCCGACGUGCUCUACCCGUGACACGAAAUAAAAUAGAUUGGAACAAGAUCCUGUCGUAUAAAAUUGCCCCCCAACUCAAAAACAAGUAAAUAGUAACGACCAUGAUAGAGUUUGAACAGACUACCGUACUCUAGCUGGCCAUAGGAGGCCCCACUUUGGAUUCAACCAGUGUAUGAGAUAUUAUUCAAGGUCAGGGGUCAUGAAAUGGAAAGGACAAACAAUUUUCUCAGAAAAAUGUGGCAUUAAUGAUUGCCUCAAACAUUGAUUUCAUGUUUUGAUUUUGUUUGUGAAUUCUACAUCGUUAACACUUGCGACACGCGGAAGCCCAGUAAGUGCCCAGUAGUUUAAAUAUUUUAGUGGAAAAUUCAGAGCUAAAUGAGAUUUUGAAAAAAAGUAAUGUUUCUGAGAGUAUCUUCUUUUUCCAUGGUCGGUAUUGAGAUCAAAAGUCUGUAAUUGCAGGUGCUUUACCUUUUAAAUGAAAAUCAGAGGAAAUCUUACCUAUUGUAAAAUGUGACCUGAUAAGUUGGCCACGGCCAUAUGCACUGGAGUACUGUUAUUUACUCUAUUUCAUCUUGCCAGUCAUAUAUGUUACACUCUACAUGUAGGAUCAUAAAAUGGCACAUUACAUGAAGUAAGAUUCAUGUAGGCCCCUUCAGGCUUCGUCUCUCAUGUAGUUGACUGUUGUGCACCAAAAACAAAACAGUAAUCAAUUUUUACCAGUGUCACAGUUGCAGUGGGUGAGACUUCUUUCAAGGACAAUUGGAUGUGUACAUUAGUUUUCUCCGUAGGUCAGAAUCACCCAUUCCAGAUAGGUUCUCUUUAGAUUGUAACAUUCCUGCUAUGAUUUUGUUCUACCGGUUUAGGGCAAGAGUGUGCUACUACAGAAUCACUGUUUCAUUUGUCAUUGAGUUGAAGUGCAUAAUGUGGCAUCACACAACAUACAAACUGAUCUUAUUUGAUAUCUUUGCCCAGUCAUUGAUGAUAGUUGACAUGAAGUAGGUAUUUCAUGGACUUCAGUCCUCAUUUUCUAAAUCAAAAUAACUUUUAGUUUAGGAAACGUUCGUAAAUAUUUUGUAGCAUAUGAAGUGUCAUUAGCUCUGUGCACACAUUCAUGUAUGAGAACAGUUUAUCACAAGUUUUAAUAUUUAUACUCCGUCUCGACAUGGUUUCAAAAUAAUACCGUUACGUCAGUCGCUAUUCUGCAGAUUUUGGUGAAACAAUCUCUGAUUUAUGUCGAUCAGCUGUGGUGCUAUGCCCAAAUACUAACAAAGUUUCACAUUCCAAAAAUAUGUGCUCACAAAUAAUCACUAACAAAGCUUGUGCAAUUGUGAUCAAUGUUGAUCUUUUUGAGGAUAUCGCAUGGGUAAAAUCUAUUGCUCUUUUGAUAACCUCUUCUCAGUCAAACCACUGAAUAACUUUUUGGCAUAUUGUACUUAUCUUCUCUCGGUUUUGUAUUAUUUUGUCAGAUCCUCUUUACCAAGCACACUGAUUAUGUCUGGUCUAAAGAUUUGUCAAGCGAUUUCAUUGCACCCCUUUUACUAUUUUAGUUAGCGAAGUACUUAGGUGAGCACAGCUACAAGCGAAUAUAUUCAUACUGGGUAAUAAGAUGUCCCUUAAACUGGCAUCCAUUGUAGCUCGGUAAAACAACUGCAUGAAUCAACUGUAGGACAUUAUAACCUCACAAUAUUGUCAUAUCUGAUUGCCACCAAUCUCGCAUGAGCCACCACAUGGACUCCAGAUGUGGCAGUUCUAGCUUUUGGCUCAUGCAUCUUCAGGUAUUUAGGAUCAUGUGAGGAGAACUCCUCUGUUACAUGUAUUUAGUCUCUUAAAGUAAAGUUACAUAUUACAUUUUGUAGUUUUGAUUGCACUGAGUAUGACUGCACAUAAGUUCUCGUGUUUUAAGCCAUGACAUUAUGUUGGGUGGCUGAUCUCUUCAGACAUGUCCAAGUGGACACUCUCAGGACUCUAUCUUUCUAUUCAACGUGAUGUCAUCAAUUGUUUCCAGUCUGCAGCAGCAACCUCAGGCUCCAUCAACACCUGCAAUUGCUGCAUCCCACCCCACUACAUCCAACCAUUUCACCCUGGAAUUAGGACUUCAUUUAAUCUUGGGAUCUUUGGUACCAAAGCGAGAGUUUCAGUCCUGUGAGUGUCCACUUUGGCUCAUUUAAGCAAGAAUUGUACAAGCGUUGUAUAAAUUCACAUGUAUUAUACUUCAUUUGAUUAUGCUAAAUACUUCUGUACAUUGUAAUGUAUAAAUUGUUGACAAUUGGGAAGCAGGUUGCUUCCGUAGUGCUUUUUGCACGUUUACCGCACGUCGUGUUUUGCUUAUGACCUGCUGUUAGACCAAAUAUGCGGUGGGAAUCUUGGUUGGGCAUGGUUACGGUUUAUUGCUUCACAUUAGAAACGGGGCAAUUACGAGAUCGAAGAUCACACUUCUCCCUUUGAUUGAGCAGGCAAACAUGAUCUCUGCUUUGGUAGCAUGGGUCAAUCAUAAUACAAGUUAUGGGAAACUAUGCACUUAUCUAACAAAUGAUGAUAUUCUCAGCCAUGCAUCUUAGGCUGAGAAAGAAAGUAUGCUUAACUUGAGGUCUUGCUGGUAGAACCGAAAGUGAUGCUAUCGCAGAUGACUCUUAGAGCUUGACUUGUCGUUUAAGCCAGGUAAAGAAGACUAUUCAGAAUGACAUUUCGUCAGUGUGGUUUUGCCGUGAUGAAGUCGAACAUUUCUUGGAAAUGGUGUUAAAUCUGAUCAUGGUCUACUAAUUGAUAGAUUUAUGGACAGAUGUAUUUGGCAGAUAAAGUGAUGAGGAAGCUUUUGUGCUACUGUGAUGGGCACAGCCCUCCCCAACCAUGAUCAGUAAAAGAAAAAGCUGUGUUCUCUUGUUGUGGGGUUGUGUCUAUCAUCUGCUCAUUGUAUGCUGUAUAUAGUAAAUCACAAAAGAAUAUAGAUGUCUAGCACCGGCAUUAUUUGUAUAAAGUGAACAUAGACAGUUUUCACUCUUAUUGACCAGGUUUCCUGUUAGGAGUUCAGGAAAAUGAUAACACAGGUUUCUCUACCCCGUUAAGGGAGUACAAGUCAAACAAUGUUUGCAAAGUUCAAUACGGAGUUUACUACAGUGGUUGUGGUAAGAUAGGCAGGUGGAUUUUGUGUCUUUACAUUUGGAAUGUCCUGAGUUGCCCAUUUCAAGUUGCAGUCUAUACUAUGAAGAUGUCAGAGCAUCAUUCCUUUCAAUGCUAAUCCUUUUGAACGUGGCUGACAAUGUCAUGUCAUGUCCCUCACAUACCGGACAUGAGUUAUCUAGUAGUGCCCACUCUUGUCAGCCUUCUCCAAACCUAUACAGUGAUCUAAUGAAGGGGCCAAUUCAUUGUAAGGAGCAUGUCACAGUUUGAGGCAGAUGCAGUUUAAAUGGACCAAAGAAUUGAACAAAGAAACUAGAAGUUAUUCAUUUUGUUGUUUGUAUAUGGGUACCUUGUGGAAACCAUUACCGAUUAUUGUCACCCGGAUAAACAUAACUGUGAAUUCAUCAUAUGUGACCUAAAAUUCGUUUCACUAUAUUUCAUGUUUCUCCACAUUUGUUCAUUUCUUUGGUUGUAUAUGUAAAUGCCUCUGGUAACUUUGUAACAAAUUAUUGUAAAGGAUCCUGUAUAUCUCAUAGUAAUGAUUUUAUUAAAUCGCUGAAGAGCAAAAUAUU